AUGAUGCUUACUUUGGCCAGUUUAUUUAUUAUAAACUUCUUCAUUGCUAUUGUUGAAUCGAAUGUAAGUAUUGGAUGGUUGAGGAAGAAUGGACGAAAGCCAAAACCUAAUGGAUAUGGAAAUCGACCACGUGGAGUUCCAUUUGCACGUGGGCCAUUCUAUGCAACGGGUGAAACAUUUGCAUGUGUGGACAAUUCCAAGUCAAUUCCAUUUUCGCAAGUUAAUGAUGAUUAUUGUGAUUGUCCUGAUGGAAGUGAUGAACCAGGAACAUCUGCAUGUCCCAAUGCUAGGUUUCAUUGUUUGAAUCGCGGUUUUAAGGCUGAAGACUUACCAUCAAAUCGAGUGAAUGACCAAAUAUGCGAUUGCUGUGAUGGAAGUGAUGAAUGGGAUAGUGCAGUUGAUUGUCCUGACAUAUGUAACGAAUUAGGGGCGAAGUAUCGAGAAGAAGUACGCCAAAAAACUGAAUUAGCGAGGCAGGGUUUUUUAAAACGAGUGGAAUUGAUCGCAGCAGGCCAGCAGUUGAAAGCUGAAAAAUCAGAAAACUUGAAGGCUUUAAAAAGGGAUAUGGAUGAAAUAAUAAAACUGAGAACUGAUGCGCAAAAAAAGAUGGAUGAGAAAGCCAAUCUGGCCGCAGAAGCAAAGAAAAAGCAUGAAGAGGCUUGGGAGGAAGAAAAGAAAAUACUUAAGCAAGAAUACGUGCAAAUACUUUUUACCGCAUUCGAUUCCAAUAAAGAUGGGAAAGUUACCUUGGAAGAACUGAAACUGGCUAAAGAAUUUGAUACAGAUGGGGAUGGAGUUGUUUCCGACGAGGAAGUCAAGCACGUUUUACCUGAUGAAGUGAAAGAUUGCGACUUCAAAAUGUUUCUGGAAAAUGUUUAUGACAACAUAAGCAGUCUUUUUGAAAAACCAAACGAAAUUGAAACAGAAGAUGAAAACGAACUGCAGUCCGCCUUACCUACACCAAUAGAAUCUAAUUCCGAAUUGCCAGAGAAUAAUGGAAUUGAUACACCAUGGGAAAGCAAGCCAAAUGAAAGUGAAAACAUUGGCUUGGAAAUUCCUCGAAUCCCAAAUAUUAAUUUAAAGCAACCAGCUUUUGAUGAAGAAACGCAAGCAAUAGUGAAAGAGGCCCAGGAUGCAAAGGAGGAAUACGAUAAUAUUGAUAAACGCUAUAUAAGUCUCGAAUUAUCCAUCAAAGAUGCUGAACAGUAUGAAGGUGAUGAUUUUGGAACCGAUAUGGCUUGGGCUCCGCUGAAAGGAAAAUGUUUUGAAUUGGAUGAAAGCGAAUAUAUUUAUAAAUUGUGUUUAUUUGACAAAGCUGUGCAGAAGAGUAAAAACAGUGCUGUUGAUACUGAUUUAGGUAAAUGGAGUGGUUGGAUUGGGUCCGAACCAAACAAAUAUACGCUACAAAGCUACCAGAAAGGCACACCGUGCUGGAAUGGACCGGAUCGAUCCACAAAAGUAAUCAUUGAAUGUGGAGAGGAGACGCAAUUAGCGGAAGCUUCAGAACCAAGCAAAUGUGAAUAUCUAUUUACUUUGCGUUCCCCUGCUGCGUGCCCAGAUCCUGCAACUAUUACUGACCAACAUCAAGAACUUUAA